AUGGACGUGGACGUGGACGUGGACGUGGACGACGUGGACGUGGACGUGGACGUGGACGUGGACGUGGACGUGGUCGUGGACGUGGACGUGGACGUGGACGUGGACGUGGACGUGGACGUGGACGUGGACGUGGUCGUGGACGUGGACGUGGACGUGGACGUGGACGUGGAGAUGGACGUGGACUUGGACGUGGACUUGGACGUAGACGUGGACGUGGACCUGGUCGUGGACGUGGACGUGGACCUGGUCGUGGACGUGGACGUGGACGUGGACGUGGACGUGGUCGUGGACGAAGACGUGGACGUGGACGUGGACGUGGACGUGGACGUGGUCGUGGACAAAGACGUGGACCUGGACGUGGUCGUGGACAUGGACGUGGACGUGGACGUGGACGUGGUCGUGGACGAAGACGUGGACGUGGACGUGGACGUGGACGUGGACGUGGACAUGAACGUGGAUAUGAACGUGGACGUGGACGUGACCGUGAACGUGGACGUGGACGUAGACGUGGACAUGGUCGUGGACGUGGACAUGGACGUCGACGUGGAUGUGGACAUGGACGUGGACGUGGACAUGGUCGUGGACGUGGACGUGGACGUGGACGUGGACAUGGACGUGGACAUGGACAUGGACGUGGACGUGGACGUGGACGUGGACGUGGACGUGGACAUGGUCGUGGACGUGGUCGUGGACGUGGACAUGGACGUGGACGUGGUCGUGGACGUGGACGUGGACGUGGACGUGGUCGUGGACGUGGACGUGGACGUGGACGUGGACUUGGACGUGGACGUGGACGUGGACGUGGACGUGGACGUGACACGUGGACGCGGACGUGGACGCGGAUGCGGACGUGCGGACGUGGACGUGGACGUGGUCGUGGACGCGGUCGUGGACGUGGACGUGGACGUGGACGUGGUCGUGGACGUGGACGUGGACGUGGACGUGGUCGUGGACGUGGACGUGGACGUGGACGUGGUCGUGGACGUGGUCGUGGACGUGGACGUGGACCUGGACGUGGACGUGGACGUGGACGUGGACGUGGACGUACACGUGGACGUGGACGUGGACCUGGACGUGGACCUGGACGUGGACGUGGACGUGGACGUGGACGUACACGUGGACGUGGACGUGGACCUGGACGUACACGUGGACGUGGACGUGGACAUGGACGUGGACGUGGACGACGUGGACGUGGACGUGGACGUGGACGUGGACUUGGUCGUGGAUGUGGACGUGGACGUGGACGUGGACGUGGACGUGGACGUGUACGUGGACGUGGUCGUGGACGUGGACGUGGACGUGGACGUGGACGUGGACGUGGACCUGGACGUACACGUGGACGUGGACGUGGACGUGGACGUGGACGUGGAGGACGUGGACGUGGACGUGGACGUGGAGGACGUGGACGUGGACAUGGACGUGGACGUGGACGUGGACGUGGACGUGGACAUGGACGUGGACGUGGACGCGUGGACGUGGACGUGGACGUGGACGUGGACAUGGACGUGGACGUGGUCGUAG